UUUAAGCUUUAGAGUCACCUGAUUGCUAAAUGAUCAGCCUAUCACAUUCGAGUAAACAUUUGCAAAACAGUAACGGGUUACUGCGGGUGGUUUAACAUCUUUAACUUAAACGGUAUAAAUGAUCUUGUUUUACGGACUUCAUACAAACUUAUUGAUGAUCGUACAUAAAGAAACAGCAUUAUCUUGUAUUUGUUCUGUUUUCCUUUUUUGGAGAAAAAGGAUUUUUAUUGCUUAAAUAUACACUUUUGAUUUUGAUAAAAUGUGUAAUUCAAAUAGUAAUACUGGGACUUUAAUGCCUUUUGGUUUAAAGAUGAGUGGCGGACAGUUUCCGUAUUACUCGGCGAGUACUUCUCAUUUGAACAUGGACUUACAACGAGCUCAACUCCAAGAUUAUGCACAACGUCUGCAGUUGGGUCUGAGGUCUUUUCCAGGACAGGUUACUGGUUUAAAUCCACUAGCAUACCACGGACAUCUGAUGCACCCUUACCUUCAUCCGUACUUCUGUAAAGACCCGCGGACAAGAUUCGUACACGAAGAGCCAAAGCCUAAUCACAGUUACAUAGGUUUGAUUGCGAUGGCAAUUUUGAGUGCGCGUGACAAGAAACUUGUACUGAGUGACAUUUAUCAAUGGAUUCUAGAUAACUACAGCUACUUUAGAACAAGAGGACCUGGCUGGCGAAAUAGCAUAAGGCAUAAUCUUUCGCUUAACGACUGUUUCAUUAAAUCUGGGAGAAGCGCGAAUGGAAAGGGUCACUACUGGGCAAUACAUCCAGCCAAUUUGGAAGACUUUCAGAAAGGAGAUUUUCGCAGACGACGUGCUCAACGAAGAGUUCGAAAACACAUGGGUUUGUCCGUCCCUGAUGAUGACGAUGACGACAGCCCGGCGGCUUCACCAGCGCCUGCACUUCAUUCCGGAAACUGGGUCACAAAUUCAGUCGAGGUUAACAUGGAUGAAACUCCGGCCGAAGAUUGUACUUCAUCGCCACCGUCUGACAAUAACGGAUUGCUCAGCAAUAAAGUCAACGACCAGAAAAAAAGACAAGGAUUUCGGCGACAGUUUGAUGUUGAAAGCUUGUUAGCUCCAGAUACAGAUCGGUAUAAGGAAAUACGCGCGCAUACUACCAGGAUGUCGGUCGUGAACGUUGAAGAGCCAGCAGAUAUUUUUGUUCUUGAUGACGAUUCUCGCAUAAAAUCUGCAAUUGAUUCGGAUAAAAACGGUAACAUCGAUAACAGAGACCGUAUGUGCUUUGAAAACAAUGAUGAAAAACAAGCUAAUGAAGAGGCCAACAUGCACGCGGACUUGGUUAACGGCAACAAUAGCAAGGAACUCAUGCAUGAUUCAAAUGAAGAAAAGGAAACGCUUUGCAGUCAAAACAACGAGUGUGAUAGAGAAAGCGUGAACUCGUCGUAUUCUCCGAGGUAUAAUAGAGAAAAAGAUACAACAGAGUAUACAGACAGCCAUCCAGAUGUAGGGGAAAACAAUGGUAUGAGUGAUUCCUCCUCUCCAGAUAAUCUUAACUGUAGUUUCUCAGAGGAAAAUGGUUCUAAAAAUCAGAGCAUAAUGCCUGAAGGAUGUCCUACGUCACCAGCAUAUUUCAAUGCCAAUAACUUUUCUAACACGCAAAGCAUCGCUGCAUUUUAUAAUGCUGGCAAACAGACUUUAUUAAGACCAGUGGGUCAAGUGUCGAGGUUCUCUUUAAUUCCAACGCAAGGAUUGUUGGGAUCUUCACUCGACAUUGAGGCUGCUCAACGCUGGCAACAGUCGAUGGCGACUCUCUUAAUGAAAGCUCAGAUCAAAGGACGACAAGAGUCCGUUUAUCAAAUAAGAGAUUGAUACAGUCAACGUGAAAAUAAAUAUGUCACAAAUGGUGUCUGGUUUUUAAAAUAAAAAAAACAUUUGUAUAUAAUACUAUAUGAGCCGUGCCAUGACAAAACUAACAUAAUGGGUUUGCGACCAGCAUGGAUCCAGACCAGCCUGCGCAUCCGCGCAGUCUGAUCAGGAUCCAUGCUGUUCGCUAUCAGUUUCUCUACUUGUUAUAGGGUUUGUAAGCGAACAGCAUGGAUCCUGAUCAGACUGCGCGGAUGGGCAGGCUGGUCUGGAUCCAUGCUGGUCGCAAACGCAUUACG